AUGGGUGCCGGGAGCUCCACGGAGCAGCGGAACCCGGAGCAGCCGGAGGCGGGGAGCGCGACGCCGGCCGAGCCCGAGCCCAGCGGCGGCGGCCUUGCGGCGGAGGCGGCGCCCAGCGCGCCGGGAGAUCCGGCCAUCGCUGCCGCCGACCGCGCCACCAAGCUCCUGCAGAAGAAUGGUCAGCUGUCUAGUGCCAAUGGCUUAGCUGAGGAAGAAGAGUUCAGCCCCCAGGAGGGAGCCCUGAAUGGCCAGGAGGAAGAAGCCAUUGUCACAGAUGUUGGACAGAGAGAGUCUGAAGAUGUGAAUGAAAGAGCCUCAGAUAAGGCGAUGGCUGCUGGCUCCGUGGUCACUCAAGACCUAGCAAAGGAUGGGCAGGAGGAAAUGCCUGAAAUCAUCGACCAGAUUCCUUCUUCAGAAAGCAAUUUAGAAGAACUGAUACAACCUACUGAUGCCCAGGCUAAUGAUGUUGGAUUUAAGAAGGUGUUUAAGUUUGUUGGCUUUAAAUUUACUGUCAAAAAGGAUAAGACCGAGAAGCCCGACACUGUUCAGCUACUCACUGUCAAAAAAGAUGAAGGGGAAGGAUCAGGAGCCGCAGACGGGGCUGGUGACCACCAGGAACCCAGCCAGGAGACCGGAGAGGCAACCGCCAAAGACCGUGAACUAAAACAAUCCACGGAGAAACCCGACGAAACCCUUAAGCAUGAGCCAAGCAACACAGAGAUUUCUCUCCAGGCUGAGUCUGGUCAAGCAGCAGAGGAAGGCAGAGAGGACGGGGAAGAUAAACAAAAAGAACCCACCAAAUCUCCUGAGUCACCAGCUAGUCCGGCGGCCAGCGAAACAGCGUCACCCUUCAGAAAGUUCUUCACACAAGGCUGGGCUGGCUGGAGAAAAAAGACCAGUUUCAGGAAGCCGAAGGAGGAGGAGCUGGAAGCUUCAGAGAAGAAAAAGGACCAAGAGCCCGAAAAAGGAGAAACGCAGGAACAGGAAAAGAGAGAAGAUACCUCCGAGAAAGUGGCAGCUUCCGAGCAAGAGCGCCCCCAGGAGAUCGCCGAGAGCGUUGACGCUGCCAGACUGUCCGCGGAAUUUGAAAAAGUCGAGCUGCCCUCUGAAGAUCAAGUGCAGGGAGCCCCCGAAGAGAGACCCGCCCCUUUAGCCACAGAAGUAUUUGAUGAUAAGGUAGAGAUUGUUGCCGAAGUCCACGUUAGGAUGCCGGAGAAGACAGAAGAGGAGAAGGCUGAGGGAGAAGAAGCAGUGGAGCCCCUGCCCUCUGAGAAAGGGGUAGAAUCCCAGGCUGAGCUCGAGAAAGCCGAGCCUCCUGAGGAGCCGAGGAAGAUGAAAGAAGUGUGCACCCCCGGAGGGGACCACCCCCAGCCGGCCGACCUGAGCCCCGAGGAGAAGGUGCUCUCUGCACACCCGGAGGGCGUCGUGAGUGAGGCAGACAUGCUGUCCUCCCAAGAGAGAAUGAAAGUUCAAGGAAGCCCUUUAAAGAAACUUUUUACCAGCACUGGCUUAAAAAAGCUUUCUGGAAAGAAACAGAAAGGGAAGAGAGGAGGAGGAGGGGAUGAAGAGUUGGGGGAGCACCACCAGGUCGCAGCAGAGUCUCCGGACAGUGCAGAUGAACAGAAGGGCGAGAGCUCUGCCUCGUCCCCGGAGGAACCGGAGGAGAUCGUGUGUCUAGAGAAAGGCCUCGGGGACGCACAGCAGGAGGGGGAGGCUGAGGAAGGGACUACCUCCGACGGGGAGAAGAAGAGAGAAGGUGUUACUCCCUGGGCAUCUUUCAAAAAGAUGGUGACGCCCAAGAAACGUGUCAGGAGGCUUUCUGAAAGUGACAAAGAAGAUGAGUUGGAGAAAGUCAAGAGCGCCACCUUGUCCUCCACGGAGAGCGCGGCCUCCGAGAUGCAGGAGGAAGCCAAGGGAAGUGGAGAAGAGCAGAAGCCAGAAGAACCCAAGCGCAGGGUUGAUACCUCAGUAUCUUGGGAAGCUUUGAUUUGUGUGGGAUCAUCCAAGAAAAGAGCGAGAAAAACAUCGUCUUCUGAUGAUGAAGGGGAACCGAAAACGAUGGGAGGAGACGGCCAGAAACCGGAUGAUGCAGGAAAAGACAAAGAAACUGGACCGGACGCUGCGCUUGCCGGUUCUCAGGAACAGGAUCAAGGGCCAGGCAGCCCCUCACCUGAGCAAGCGGGUAGCCCCACCGAAGGAGAGGGGGUUUCCACCUGGGAGUCCUUUAAAAGAUUAGUCACUCCAAGGAAAAAAUCGAAGUCAAAACUGGAAGAGAAAAGCGAAGAUGCUGUACCUGGGUCUGUUGUAGAACAUUCUGCGUCAGAUGCUGAACCCGGGAAAGAGGAGUCUUGGGUUUCCAUUAAGAAAUUUAUUCCCGGACGAAGGAAGAAAAGGUCAGACGGGAAAGCGGAACACGCCACUGCUGAGGAUGCGGGGCCGCCAGAGGUCAACGAAGACGACUCUGAUGUCCCGGCCGUGGUGCCUCUGUCUGAGUAUGAUGCGGUGGAAAGGGAGAAAAUCGAAGCUCAGCAAGCCCAAAAAAGCGAGGAGAAGCCCGAGCAGCAGGUAGCUGUUGCUGUGUCGGAGGAGCUCAGUACGAAUCUGGUUCAUGGCGUGAAGGUGACUGCCCUCGACGGGGCAAGGGCUGUUAGCAGUGUCGAAGAGAGGUCGCCGUCUUGGAUAUCCGCUUCGGUGACAGAACCUCUUGAAGAAACAGAAGAGGAAGCCAGACCCCUAACUGGGGAGGUACUUGAAGGAGAGGUCCUUGCAAAAGAAACCUCCGUUGUUACCAAAACUCUGCCAGAGGGCCAAGAUGCCACUGAUGACAUGGUCGUGAGCGAGGCGGAAUUAACUUCGGAGGCCGUGACGGCUGCAGAAGGUGCGGAGGCAUUUUGUGCUGAAGAAGCCGCAGAAGCAUCUGGAGCUGAAGAGACCGCUGACAUGGUCUCAGCUGUUUCUCAGCUCACCGACUCUCCAGAAACCACAGAGGAAGCAACACCCGUUCAGGAGGUGGAGGGCAGUGGGCCAGACCUGGAAGACCAAGAGAGGCGGACUCAAGAGGUCCUGUGGGCAGUUGCGGAGAAAGUUCGAGAAGGAUCACCGCUGCCUGAUACCAGGGGGCCAGAAGACAUGAUUCAGACAACACAGGAUGUAGGAGCCAAAAUACUGGAGAAGCUGGAUGGAGCCGAAGAGGAUGCUCCAGGGCUAGACUUGAAGAAAGAGGCAGAUGCAGUGUUGGAAGUGAAGGCACAGGAAGCUAAAGCUGAGACUUUGACACAAGCCGAAGUAGUCAUCCAGGCCACCCCAGAAGGCUUUGAGAAAGUUCCUGUAGUCACAGACAGUGUGGACUCCAGUGAGCCUAGAACCACUUGUCAAGCUGAAACCUUGGUUGGGGUAAAACCAGAAUUGAUUCUGGAGCAGGCUGUUGCUCCUGAAUCCGCUGAAACCCUUACAGACAGCGAGACCAACGGAAGCACCCCAGUAGCAGAUCUCGAAGCUCUCCCUGUGACACAGCAAGAGCAGAUCCUGGAGAUGCACGAAGAUUCCCAGGUCCCAGAAGCAGAAGCAGUUUCUGUCCCCAAACAGCUGCCUCCAACACCUGCUAGUUUUCCAUCCCAGGAAGAAAUUAAAGGACUUUCAGAAACAGAAGAGGUUCUAGAACAUAUGGACAAAGAGGUACCGGUGGAAACCGUACCCAUUCUUUCAAAGAUGGAUGUGAUUGAAGAGGAAGGUCAAUUUACUGGUGGGGAGAGCAGAGAGAAACCGCUUCUCGAAGGCCCUGUCACAGGUGCAGACCUCGAGCCUACCGGGAGUCAGGAAACAAGUGAAGUUGUCUUUGAAGAUGAAGCUCCUAAAGAAUCUGAAUUUCAGAAGGAUGACGACACCGAAAUCCACAGCCCUACACCAUCUCCCACCCCAGCGGGGGGAGAGAUGGAAGUUCAAGGAGAAAUGGAGGAGACGGAAGCAGAGCCAGCUCAAGCCACCCAAGAGGAACUGGAGCAAAAAGCAGCUGUGACCACAUCUGAGGAGCUUCGUAAGCACCUGGGGCCGACAGACGGCGUGGCCAUCCUCCAGGGGGAAGAGGAGGUUACCGCUUGGGAAGGUUCUCCCCGGCCAGUGCAGGAGGAAGCGGUACGCACAGAAGUUCAAGUCCAGACCCCAGAGGCGUCAUUAACUCCAGCGGCUGCAGCAGUGGAGGAGAAGGUCUUAGAAGAAACUGUCAAGAUUUUAGAAACCACGGAAACUCAGGAAUCUGCAGACGCACAGUUAGUACCAGAGGAAGAAUCCUCCGAAAAAGAUGAAGACUUGACCGCCCGGCCAGAGGACAUCGAGGCGCCCACAGGGACUGAGGCUCAGCCAGACUCCACAUCCGUGACCACAGCGGCUGCCCCUGAAGGAGGCAUCAGUGCUGACCUGGAAGGAGAGAAAACCGCACCCCGGAGACCGUCCCCGGAGGAAGAGGACGCGCCCACUGCUGGUCCGGAAGUCCAAGGGAGUGAAACAAGAAAGGAAGAUGGAAAGGCUGAAACCGAGAUUUCUAAACUUGAGACCGAGAGCAGUAAACUUGUACAAAAUGUAAUCCAGACCGUUGUUGAUCAGUUAGUGAGCACGGAGGGAACAGCCGCUGAUUUGCAGACACAGGCCCUGCCGAUGAUCGCCGACGCCCCGGAGGGGAGGGCGCACCCUGAGACCGAAGAAGGGGAGCCGCAGGCCACUGCACGGGAUGGAACUCGAGCUGUGGUGGCCAAAGGAGAAGCCACGCUCACCGCCGGGGAACAGACCCGUUCCGACGCGUGCGAAGCUGUGAGUGAAGCUUCCGCCGAGGUGGCAAGUGCUGAGGUAGAACCUUCCAGCAUAAAUGACCAGCAGCUCGAAGAGGCAGUUCUCCUGUCCGAGGAAAAGAAAGAAGCAACCGGGACCGAGUCUGUUGCAGAAGAUGGUGAUCGUGCCGGCUUAGAAGAAAGGCUAGAGGGGUCCUUCUCUGAACCCCAAGAAGAUGAAAAAGGUCAUGUUGUUGAGCGGGAAAACCAGCACUCAGCCCUGGAAGGUGUGGCGGCCCCAGGAGGCUUGAGCAAAGAGUCCUCAGACACAGAUGGACCAACACUGAAGGAGAAGGAAGAUGGCCAGGAAGUAGAAUUUCCAGAAGGAAAAGUCCACAGCGAGUUAGAAGAAGAGAUCAAAACCGAAAUGCAGGACGACACUCAGAAACAGGAGGGAGAACCGACAAAAUCCGAACCCACAGGAUCCUAAAACGUCAUGUCCAGCCCACGUGUUUGCAAGACCUGAAUAUGAAGAUGAGCAGUAGGAAGGAGGGGAUGGAUGCUGCUGACGAGACUCGAGACCAGUGUUCCAGACUCAAAACCGAAGAACAGGUCCCUCGACUCAACUUUCUGGAGCCCCUGACAAUCCUGAGGCUGCAUCGGGAGCUAGAGCCAUCUAACACUUCCUCCUCGCAGGGCCACCCCCCUCACUUUGCCCUGAUACCCUGUUCCAGUGUUUCUGAUUGAAGGUCCUGAAUUCUUAACCUGGAACUGGAGUUGGCCAAACCUGGUUCUGCUUCUCAAACUGGAGUAUCUUCCUUUAUGUAUUUAUAUGUAUGUUUUAAGUAACCCUCCUUCUGUAUCUAUUGUAUAUUUUUUUUUCUUAACGAUUAAGGAAAUGUGCAGGAUGGUACAUUCCUUUUGUGUCGCCCAGGAUAA